GAUCGGAAGCCGAUUCUCCAGAAGCCACAAAUUGACGGGCUGUCGCCUCAAUAAAGACAGAGCGAUUCCGUAACCACCGCGGCGUCGACGCCACAUCACUCCAUCACCGCUUCCCAACAGCGAUCACCCUCGGGGAACAAUGGGUUGCCCAGCAGCUGCGGCGGCAGCGCUGUGGUUGUGCGUCGUCCUGAUCGCCGUGACGAGGGGAGAGGCUGUUCGCUGCUUCGUCUGCAGCUGGUCGCCCAGGGACCAGGCCAACCGGUCGGAUCACUGCACCCACGCAAACUUCGAUCCGGAGAAGAACUUCGCCCACGACUGCGAACACGGCUGCGAGUUCUACUCGCAGAAUGACCUCAACGGUGACUUCGAGCACGUCAGGCGAAACUGCGCGCCGUCGGACCCACCCCACAAGGGCUGCCUGAGCGAAUCCAGUCGUGCCUGGACCACGGUGCGCUGCAUCUGCAACUCCGACUACUGUAACGCGGCCCCCAAGCCCACGUCCAUCUCGCUGGUGGUGCUCUGGACGACCCUGACCUUAACUCUGGCGGCUGUCAUCCGUCCACAUCUCCCGACCUGAGUCAGCACGUCUGCCGAUUUGAGUCAGCACGUUGGCGACGCAAUCGCCAGCCAUGCUUACCGCUGAUCGCACAGCAAACAAAGCGUUGUACUCAGCAGCGCCCGAGCUCACCGCGUCACACCGCAGCACCGUUCCAGGACGUGUCCCACCUGGACGCCGUGCAAGAACUGUUCCCGCUAUGUUUCUCACCGCCGUCAUUUUAUCGUCAGUCCUUCUCUAUGGUUGUUGUUGCUGUUAACGAUGAUGAUGAUGAUGUCGAAUAAGGGAGGGAGCCUCGGUUUUGUUUUGGGCUCGCCGCGACUGGACAAACAUUUGGCCAACUCUUUUCGCAUAUUAGACAAACGCAUUUCUAUUGCUACUGACAGUCUCAGGCUUUAAUGGUUGUGCUAACGGAUCCCAAGUUCGUCACCGGUUUGCCAGACAGUAGCAUCACAGUGGACUCAACUAGAAGUCUUCAUCAUGUAUGUGCUAAAAGAAUUGGCCUACGUUUCACCAAGUGGGGCUGUGUCGUUAGCCAAAAAACGCACCGGUUGUCCGCGAACAUGCUACGAGCAUUCAGUUGUUCAUUUCAGACUGCGCGUUCUACGUUCAGAGGCAUUGGCGGGUUGGCCGCAUAAUGACACUAUGUUUGCGUCUUGUAAACUAGACGCGAACAAAUACACUUCGUUUGGCUCGUGUUUGCGGACAAAAGUUGGUCAAUCGUUGGCACAGUAUGGGCGCGCUCUGUCCUUUAUAUCAUUUUUUAUUGUUCUGUGGUUGUUUCGUGAACUUUCAUGCUUAUUUAUAUGUUUCCUCUAGUUCAUGUCUGCGUUGGUGUCGUGGCGUUUAAAUGACUCCUUGGAACCUCAACAUGAAGCACAGGGAAGGCUGCGAACUUGCUUAAGAAUUAGUAAGUUUUGUGCCUAAGCUCGAACGCAACAUAUUUCUUUAGCCUGACAGUAGCUAUUUGCAAGCAUAAGUUUGAGUCAAAAUAAGUGUUUUAUGAUAAAUGACGAACUGAAAUAUGAGGUUGUUGAAUUCAAGCCAA